GAUACGACGGUCGGUGAGCGAGGCGGGCAGCUCUAGGGCGGACGGAAGCAACGGGUGGCGAUCGCUAGGGCCAUGGUGAAGGCUCCGAAGAUUCUGCUCCUCGACGAAGCCACGAGCGCCCGGGACGCCGAGUCCGAGCGCGUCGUGCAAGACGCGCUGGACAGAGCCGUGGCGAACAGGACCACGGUGGUGGCGGCGCACCGGCUGUCCACGAUCAAAGGCGCGGACUUGAUAGCGGUGGUGAAGAACGGGGUCAUUGCGGAGAAAGGGAAGCACGAGACCUUGAUCAACAUUGAGGGGGGCAUCUAUGCUGCCUUGGCGGCCUUGCAUUCCAGGACAUCAUCCUAGUGAAAAUUUAUGUGAAUUUUGGUCGAAGUGUUGACUAUUCCCUGGUGGGUUGUCC